CCGCGGAGCCGGGGCGGGCUGGGGCCCGACGCGCAAUAAACGGCUGGAGGGGACCCGCCUCCCCCGCGUUGCUUCCGCCGCGCCGACCAUGGGCUCCGAGGCGGCGGCGCUGCUGGAGGCGGUGGAUUUCGCGGCCAGGAAGCACAAGGGACAGCGGCGGAAGGACCCCGAGGGCACCCCCUUCAUCAACCACCCCAUCGGCGUAGCCAGGAUCCUGGCCCAUGAGGCUGGUGUCACAGACAUUGUCGUGCUGCAGGGUGGUCGGCCGAGCGCGUGCAGGAGUACUUCCGGUGGGCGGCGCGGGUGGUGGCCGGUCUGCGCGGGACGAGCUCCCCGCUGGAGGCGGCGCUGCGGCGGCUGUUCGAGGAGCGCGGCCUGGCCCUGUGACCGGCACCGGGGCGCCCCGGCCCCGGCGCUUCCGGGUAGUACGGGCGGGGCGGGGCUCGGCGGCCAAUAAACGUGCGCAGAACGGAGCGUCUCGCGUCUCUUGUUGCCAUGGCGCCGGGCACUUCCGCCGCGAGCUUCCGGCGGGGCCGCGGCCGCGUUCGGGCGUUCCGGGUCCCCGCCGCCCCGCCAUGGCUGUUGCCGGCCGCCGCGAUGCGCCCGAGCCGCCCGACUUCGGCAUCCUGAAGCGGCUGGCGCGGGACCAGCUCAUCUACCUGCUGGAGCAGCUUCCCGGGAAGAAGGACCUGUUCAUCGAGCCCGACCUCAUGAGCCCCCUGGACCGCAUCGCCAGCGUCUCCAUCCUCAAGCAGCACGAGGUGGACAAGCUGUACAAGGUGGACACCCGGCCGGCCCCCAGCUCCAGCGACCAGUUCUGCUUCCUCGUCCGGCCGCGGCUCAGGACAAUGCGGCACAUCGCGGAUAUUGUCAAUGCGGACAAGAUGUCGGGGAGGAGCAGGAAGUACAAGAUCAUCUUCAGCCCCCAAAAGUUUUAUGCGUGUGAGAUGGUGCUGGAGGAAGAGGGAGUCUUUGGUGAUGUCACCUGUGAUGAAUGGUCCUUCUACCUGCUGCCCCUGGACGAAGACAUCAUCAGCAUGGAGCUGCCUGAGUUCUUCCGCGACUACUUCUUGGAGGGAGAUCACCGCUGGAUCAACACCAUUGCUCGAGCCCUGCAGCUGCUGAACUCCCUGUAUGGACCUUUCGGCAGAGCCUAUGGCAUUGGCAGGUGUGCCAAGAUGAGCUAUGAGCUGUGGCGAGACCUGGAGGAGGAGAGUGAGGGCGACGGCCAGGGCAGGACACCUGAGAUUGGCAACGUCUUCCUCAUGGACAGAGACAUGGACUAUGUGACGGCGCUGUGCUCUCAGGUGGUGUACGAGGGGCUGGUGGAUGACACUUUCCGCAUCAAGUGCGGGAGCGUGGAUUUUGGGCCAGAUGUCACCUCCUCUGACAAGAGCAUUAAGGUGUUGCUCAAUGCCCAGGACAAAGUCUUCAGCCAGAUCCGUAACGAGCACUUCUCCAGCGUGUUUGGCUUCCUGAGCCAGAAGUCGCGGAACCUGCAGGCACAGUAUGACCGGCGCCGUGGCAUGGACAUCAAACAGAUGAAGAACUUUGUGUCCCAGGAGCUGAAGGGGCUGAAGCAGGAGCAUCGGCUGCUGAGUCUGCAUAUUGGCGCCUGUGAGUCCAUCAUGAAGAAGAAAACCAAGCAGGACUUCCAGGAGAUGAUUAAGGCUGAACACUCUCUGCUUGAUGGCUUCGACAUCCGUGAGAGCACCAGCUUCAUCGAGGAGCACAUCAACCGGCAGGUGUCCCCCAUUGAGAGCCUGCGCCUGAUGUGCCUCCUGUCCAUCACGGAGAAUGGUCUGGUCCCCAAAGACUAUCGCUCCCUGAAAACCCAGUACCUGCAGAGCUACGGGCCCGAGCACCUGCUGACCUUCCACAACCUGAAGCGCAUGGGGCUGCUGACGGAGCAGGCGGCUGGGGAGACCCUGACGGCCGUGGAGAGCCGAGUCAGCAAACUGGUGACGGACCGGGCUGCGGGAAAGAUCACAGAUGCGUUUAAUUCUUUGGCCAAGAAGAGCAACUUCCGAGCCAUAAGCAAGAAGCUGGGGUUGAUCCCACGGGUGGACGGGGAGUACGACCUGAAGAUUCCGCGCGACAUGGCGUACGUGUUCAGCGGUGCCUACAUCCCUCUGAGCUGCAAGAUCAUUGAGCAGGUGCUGGAGCGCCGGGGCUGGCAGGGCCUGGAGGAGGUUGUGCGGCUGCUCAACGGCAACGAGUUCUCUGUCUCAGACAGUGCUGGAGAAGACAACCCCGCUGGGGAUGCCCAGCGUGUGAUCCUCGCCGUCUUCCUGGGGGGCUGCACGUUCUCCGAAAUUGCGGCUCUGCGGUUUCUGGGGAAGGAGAGAGGGUUCAAGUUCAUCUUCCUGACCACGGCCAUCACCAACAGCGCCCGCAUGCUGGAGGCCAUGAUCGAGGCCAAGGCCUGAUGCCCGGCGGGGGGGUCGGGCAGGGUGGGCUCUGCCCGGUGCCAAUAAACCCCUCGCUCCUA